AUGGCCGAGAAAGCCUCCCUGCUCUUCCCGAUCAUCUGCAUCGUCAUCUCCUUCUUGCUGGUCACCUACCUUCACCGCCGGUCCCUCUCCCAGCUUCUGCAAUGUACCUGGCGCUGCAUCCAGGAUCUGCAGCCCAGCUCAACCCACCAGCUCUAUCAGUGGGCCCGCCGAUUCUAUCCUUCCCAUGACCAUGCCGUCGACCACAUCAGAUGCGAAACCAGGCUGUCUGGCAUGACAUUCCCAUCUGACGUUCGCCAGUGCGACCUCCAGCAAAAAUCCCCAGAGCGAGGUCAGGUCCCCUUGGAGUCCAAGUCUGGAUUCUACGAGUCCUAUGAAGCGGACAUGAGCAGCUCCAGCCUCGGCAGCGUGAGUAUCCUCUCACUUGACUCUGGCUCCGAAGAUCGUGGUCAGGACCCGUUCUCUUCCGCCAGCGACCCCCGCGUAUCUUCCCCGCACUGUCCAUCAUGGCGGUUUGACGUCUAUGGCCGGGAGAUCGUCGAUGUAUUUCCGCGGCUGCCGCCCCUCCCAGCCUGGGAGCGCGACCUUCAGCAGCGUAUUCUCCACGGAAUAGGUCCGGGCGCAUGGCUUGACCGGCUUGUUGACUGGAUUGUACAGCGCAUCCUGGAUGCGGAGGAGAAACACGGUGACGCCGGUGUUAAACCCAACAGCCCGUGA